AUGCUUGCCAGAGCUGCAAAGUGCAAGGACCUUUCGAGCGUUACAGUUGGUGCAACAGUUCCCGUGCCCGACCUGGAUGACGAUGUUUAUCGGCUGAACUUCGAGAGCGAAAGGACUAUUUCUGAGGACUUCGCUUUCUUGACCGCCAACGAAGACGGUCCAACACGGGUCUCAGCUGCGAGCCUCCUAGCCACGAGACAAGUCGCAAGUUCUGUCAUUAGUAUUGCGUGCAACCAAGGAGUACAUCCCAACGUGAGACACGCUGUGGGCGAAGUUGUUGCCGUGGUGAGAGCUGUCGCAGAUCUACCCUUUGUGGUCAAUCUCAACUUUGUCGAACAGGCCGAUCGGCUACUAUCAGUCAUCUUGAAUGUUCACAGGAAUCGCAUCCUAGGUCGUCUGGGGUCUUCUCGCUACAAAGUUCCCGAAGGCUGUUAUGCCGACACGACAAGGACUUUACUGGGCGAUGGCCUUCGCCCUAUAAGCAUGCUGAUAGAGUCAGCUGCACGUCCGCACAGUGCAGAAAUGGCGAGGUCUGAGGAAGACAUCAACGCGUUCCUACGCUGUGCCAAGAAGCUGGACGGGCAUGACAAAGGCUCUAACACCAUAUCCAGCUACAAGAAUGCCAUCAAAGCUGCCUAUGCCCUCACAUUAGAUGGCGUAUCGCUACAAAAGCGCCUGAGACGGCUGGGUCUGCCCAUGCUCCCGACGUCAAGCAAGGAACUGCGACACUUACCUGCCUUGGCAAAUUACUGGCGUAUCUGUUUGCACCUGACACGCAUGGCACGGACGUACCGCAAAGCCUUCAGGCACCUUCAAGCUAAUUUUGUGAGCUAUGGCUCAAGGGAACACACAGUACACGCCGAGAUCCAGCUGUUAGUAUAUCAUGAGACGAGCGCCCAUGCGCUCCGCCCGCGCAUCAUAUCUGCUAGCAAGAAGCCAUGCUUCUUAUGUCACACGUUCAUCAACGCAUAUGGCUGGUACGCCGGCCAGGAGACGCACGGCAAAAUCUAUCCGAACUGGAACAUCCCUGCCGCAACACAGUUCCCGCUUGACGUUCGCAGACAAAUCGAGUACGCCAGUGAGCAUACGGCAAGAGUCGUCGCCAACACCAUUCGCGUGUUGAAAGAACGUGCUGGCGCAAUUUCCUGGCCUCCAGACCAAGCUCAAAGCGUAAUCAACUUGAAUCUCACUAUUAUACCGUCCGCAGCACCUUCAACAAUCAUAGAUGCAGUGGCUAGCGUUGCUGACAUCAAAUCCGAGCAUAUGAAAAAUCAGGACGCCAGUCCUCCAAGUAUCAAGGAAGAUUUGAAUCUCGCGCGAGCAGUCUCUGGCGUCGCUGUACCACCACCCAAUGAUCAAGAGCAAGAUCCAGUAGAAACAACGGAAAAUGCCACCAACUUAUCUAUCUUCGACGCAAGGCUGGCAGACAUCCAACCGACAGAUCAAGCCUCGGUAGCGGCGGGCGCUGUGCAGCAAACGAGCAUCCCCAGCUCGACACACUCGAGCGGCAUGAAGCACUUGUUUCAGUACGGACCUGAUGUCUUGGAGAUCGAGCAUGGGACGUACGAGGUUCUAGACAUGCUUUCGAAGGAAGCUGCAGACGGCAUCGUGAAUCUUGGCCGGUUGGAAAGCGUGGAGGAGGGAGGCAAAGAACUCACCUUCAAGAGGCCAGAUGGUGCCGGCGCAUUGAUCUUGCAGCUCCAGCACUCCGGGUUCGCAGACGUCAAGAUACGCUUGCACUGGGACUCACAGGGUCGAGCAUAG